AUGAGCCAGGACUUCAAGCCAAUAAAGAACAUUUGUGCUCAUCUGAACGCCUUUCACGCCUACGCUUCGGAGCCCAGCCGCAGCGUGGAAGCCAACCACUACUGUGGCCAUGUCAACGACGAUGUGCGCCAAUGCCUCUUGUACGACUCUGCCGAGGCCAAUGCGCAGCGCCGCCUAUGGCACUCCCACGUCUACGAGGUUAAGUCAGGCAUGCUCAUCAUGCCCAAUCCCAGUGUCCCCGACUCCGCCUGGGAACUGGGCGAGAAGAAGGAAAUGGAGCAGAUCAUCACGCUGUACGGCAAGGUGUAUCAUCUUUGGCAAACGGACAAGGGCCACAAAGUGCCGUUGGGCGAACCCCAGUUGAUGACGAGCUACACGGCCGACGGCCAGCUUGACUUUGCAAAGGUUGAGGAACGAGAUGCGAGGUUUGGCACGGACUACCAGAGAAAGCAAGAGGCAAGGCGGGACAUCCCCUUGCCAGAGAUUCACCCAGACGCAGAUGCUUCCUGGAAAAUAGCUUGA